AGCCUGUUUCUCGUCAAUUUUUCAUUUUUUUUUUUGUUUUUCCCUUUCUCGGGGAAAUUGGAAAAUUUUCUUUACUGUUCAAAACUUGUACUUCUGACUCUGUAGUUGAAGCCGUUCGCACCGUUCCUUUUAGUUUAAAUAUCUUUUGGAUUGUAUGGUGGAUCUUGGAUUCUGUUCUUGGAUAAAGGUUGCGGUAAAAUUUAUUGUGCUGACCCAGUCACCUUGCGGUGAGAAUGUCGACUCCUGCAAGGAAGAGACUAAUGAGGGAUUUCAAGAGGUUGCAACAUGAUCCACCUGCGGGAAUAAGCGGUGCUCCUCAAGAUAAUAAUAUUAUGCUAUGGAAUGCUGUUAUAUUUGGACCUGAUGACACACCAUGGGAUGGAGGUACGUUCAAAUUGACUCUUCAAUUUACAGAGGAUUAUCCAAAUAAGCCACCAACAGUGCGGUUUGUUUCUCGAAUGUUCCAUCCUAACAUUUAUGCAGAUGGAAGUAUUUGUCUGGAUAUUCUACAGAAUCAGUGGAGCCCUAUUUAUGAUGUGGCAGCUAUACUUACCUCUAUCCAGUCAUUGCUCUGUGAUCCCAACCCAAACUCUCCUGCAAAUUCUGAAGCGGCACGGAUGUUCAGUGAAAACAAGCGUGAAUACAAUAGGAGAGUUCGUGAGAUUGUCGAGCAGAGUUGGACUGCUGAUUAAUUGUUCUUGCUUAAAUGCUUCAAAACCUUUUAAGAUUCAGUCGAAUGGCCUGUUUAAAUUACAUUUUAGAUUCUGAAAAUGAAUUUGCUCCAACUACAUUUUCUCUCUGAUUACAUGAAAUGUUUGCUUGGUGUUCACGAACGCAUGUUUGGCCUAUCGGUCAUCUGUAUCCAGUGUCCAUUUUAUUUGCCUCUAUAUUUUUUAGUUUUCCUGACAUAGAAUGAAAUGAAGCCUCUCGUUCUCAA